UAUGCAGAGAAAUAAUUAUUUAGAACAAAAUUUGUAAUAUUUAUUAAUUUCUAAAACAAUUAGCAAUGUAACAAACAAGAUUAAGUAUGUGUAUUUCGUGGUGAUUUACAACAUGUCUUGAGUCUAUGUCAAAGAAAUCUCCGUAAAAAUGAAAUGGCGGUUGAUUUCAACCGUGCUGUUUGUGAUUAUUCUUACGGUGGAGCUUUCCGCCCAGGACCCGUAUUCGGUUCUUGGCAUUCCGAGAACGGCUUCAAUAAACGAUAUAAAAUCGGCUUACCGUAGUUUAGUGAAGAAAUGGCACCCGGAUAAAAAUGACAAUCCCGAAGCUGCCACAAAAUUUAUCGAAAUCACUAGAGCUUAUGAAAUGUUAACAAAUAAAGAUAAACAGGCCCAAACAAAUAGUUACACAAGUAGUUUUAAUCAAUUUUUCGACUUUGAUAUGGAUAACUUCUUUGACAACAUGCACCAACGACAUAAUUUCGAUUUUUUUCGUAAACUCCAGAUCAACGUUGAUGAAUUCAAUUUAUUAAAGGAUACAGAAAAAAGCAAAAAACUUACUCUGAUAUUAUUUUAUUCAGAGUUUUCUUUAAAUUUUUUAAAAGUACAGUCAAUGCUUAAAAAAGUAAUUGAAGACUUAACACUUAUUGGUGUUGAUUUUAAAACAAUGAAUAAAGAUGUGGAAACUUAUGCUUACUGGAAGACCAGUGGAGUUUCUGUUCCGCACUUAGUCUCUAUUGUAGAUGCAAAUGUUAUGGUUUUCCGAGAAAAUAUUCUAAGUUCUGACAGUAUUAUCGAUUUUGUUCGCAAAAGCUUUCCAGUUAAUCUCGUUCCUGAAUUUAAUGACAUCAAUAUAGAUAAGUUCUUAAAUGCUUGGUCAUCUGAUAACCGCGUACGAGCAUUAGUCAUGCAACCAAAAUCACCGCUGAAGUUGCGUUACGCUAUAAUUGCCCUCGAGUAUAGAGACCACAUAAAUUUUGGUUUUAUGAAUAUCGGCCUAUACGAGUGCCUUUCAACACGUGAUCGAUACAAAGUAUCGCACAAUCAAGAUACACUGUUGAUCUUAAAAGAAAAUAUUAGGCUCCCCGCCGCUCAUAUGUCUAUGACUAGUAUACCGAUAGUUGGAUUGCGUACUCUUAUAGAAAGCAAUAAGUAUUUGAUAUUGCCUAGGCUUUCCUCGCAAGACGUAUUUGACACCCUUUGCCCCGUCGAUCAAAAUCGUUUUUGUGUCGUACUAGUAUCCCGUAACUCACCAAAUCACGAUGCUCAUAGACAAUCCAUUAGACGUUUUGCGCAAGAAGCUAGAACAUUAUAUCCUGAUGAUGAUCGGCUUGCAUUUAUGUACAUCUUUAGAGAAAGGCAACCGCAUUUUAUUAAUUCACUGAUACAAGGUGACGAGAGUCCGAGUGAACCAUUAUUGCACAUUGUAUUAUUAACUCGUCUUAACGAAAUUAUGGUCAGCUAUAAAUGGUUGUUGGGAGAAAAUUUCAAUGACUGGGCUAACUAUGAGCUGACCAAAGAGAGAUUGACGGGAGUAUUGAACGCGUUGCUCGAUAGUGAAACCACGUGGACUUUAAGUAGUGAAGCUCAUAUCGGUGCCGUGUUAGACGAACACAGUCAGAGUCUUUUGAUGCGCAUUAUUGCCAGAGCUCAUCAGCACAUCAAUACAAUUUUUUUCGUUAUUACUAAUGCAAUUCUAAACAACGGCGUUUCUUUUAUGAUCACAGCUUUGAUAAUGAUUACAGUGACGUGGUUUUCCUUCUACUUGUAUGAUUAUGUUGAAAAAGAAAUAAAAGAUGUUAAUGAAAAGUUUGGUAAACAAGCCAAACAGAAAUCGAGUCAAGUGUCCAAACACCGCGAACUCAAACUUCACGAAUUAAGAGCCGAAACCUAUAACGGGUUGGUACGUUUAAUCAAGCCAGGAUGUCGUACAAUUAUACUGUUGAUAGACUCCAACAGUGCUACAGUAUUAGUUAGACAGUUUUACGGUAUAGUCUGGCCUUAUAGAAAGAAUAAAUCGCUGAUGUUUGGAUAUUUAAAUUUGGAUCGCUUGCCGUCCAGAGAAUGGUAUCGUGAGUUACUGUCACUAAGUCUCGCAGAGACAGAUAAACGUAUUCAUAUUAAUACGAAAAACUGUGUCGGCACAGUUCUAUCUUUGUGUUCUUUGAAAAAAUACUAUUGCAUGUAUCACGCUAAACAUCCAGAAUCUUCACGACAUAAAAACGAUAAGUGGAGAAGAGUUGGAAUGAGACCACCAAAAAAUGGUAAAGAGUUUUGGGGUUUCGACGAACAAUCCGAAGAGGAACCUUUAAGUUUUGAUGAAGACGAAGAAAGUGCAGUUGGAUUUAAACCAAUUUUAAAGGAAAAGGAAGAAGACAUACAUCUUGAAAAUUUACUAGACGGAUUACCCAUGUGGUUGGAUAGGUUGUUCGAGGGUAGCACUACACGUUAUCAAAUCAAUUAUUGGCCAGACUUCAAAGUUUAAAUUGAAGAAAUUGUGAUCAAAUUGGUUGCUAAGCUGUAAUAAUUGUAUUUACUAAUUUUAAAUUAAACAUGUCGGUUUUACUAUUUUUA